AUGUCUUUACAAGACAGCGGAGACAGCAGCGUCGACCUUUCGCUGCUGUCUGAGGGCGGCGACGAUGAUGAGCGUGGUGAGGUGCAGCAGCAGCGGCAGCGGGGGCAGCACGCCGAUGACGACGGCGAUGCCGCAGAGGCCGGAAAAGAUGGAGGCGAGAGCGGCGGUGAAGACGCGGACCCCGCGGCGGCAGGCAAGCAGCAGCAGGUGGACGGUGAUGGCGGCGAGCGGCGGCAAGAGGGGGACGAGGGCGAGCGGCGGAGAAGGAAGAAGAAAGUCAGCAAGGUUCUCACCAGGGAGCGGCUGCAGCGACUGAAGGAGAAGCACGAGCGGCGCGGCAUCAUCUACGUCAGCCGCAUCCCACCCCACAUGAAGCCGGCGAAGCUGCGGCAGCUGCUGUCGCAGUACGGGGAGGUGGGGCGCGUGUACUGCACGCCGGAGGACUCGGCAGUGCGGCGAAAGCGCAAGGAGCACGGCGGCAACACGGGCAAGAACUUCACAGAGGGCUGGGUCGAGUUUGAGGACAAGGCAGUCGCCAAGUCUGUGGCUGCCAUGCUCAACAACCAGCCCAUCGGCGGGAAGCACCGCAGCGCGUACCACUUUGACCUCUGGUGCCUCAAGUAUCUACCAAAGUUCAAGUGGGACCACCUGACGGAGGAGAUCAAUUACGAGAAGGCGGUCAGGGAGCAGAAGCUGGCGGCCGAGCUGUCUACCGCCAAGCGCGAGCGCGAUUUCUACCUAUCGCGCGUGGACCAAGCCAAGGCGCUGGCGGCGAUGGAGCAGCGGCGCGCGGCGCGGGGCGGCGGCGGAGGCGGCGCCGAUGGAGCCAGUGCAGGCGCGGACGGGGCCAGGGGCGUGGGCCCGGCGGCAGCGCGGCCAGAGGCAGGGCAGGCGGGGAACGGCGGCGGCGAGGGCGAGGGCGGAAAAGGGGGGGCGCGUCCCAAGGCGGCACGUCACUACGGGCAGCGGCGGGUCAAGCCUGACCCUGUGACAGCGGCAGAUGCGCCGCAGGUGGGGGCGGACGUAUUGGGCAUGGUCGUGGCCAACAAACGGCGCAAGGUGCAGCCGCAAGGGUAG